CGGCGGCGGCGGCGUCACGUGACGCCGGGCGGCGGUGGAGGCUACGCGCGCGGCGGGGCCCGGCGCGCGCCUCCCGCCGGCUGCGCCCCCCCCCCCCCCCCCAGGCGAGGGGCGCGCGCUGCAGCGGCUGCCCCGUCAUGGCUUGUGGCACCCUCCUGCGCCUCGCCCUCUCUAUUAGUGCCCUCUGCGCGGCUUGUGGUGCUGCUUUCCUCUACCACGACUACUGCGUGCUGGGGGCCGGCCCCUCAGGCCUGCAGGCAGCCUACUUCCUCCAGCGGGCCGGCCGCGACUACCUCGUCUUCGAGCGCAGCCACGCGCCUGGCAGCUUCUUCGCCAUCUACCCCCGGCACCGCAAGCUGAUCAGCAUCAACAAGCGGUACACGGGCAAGUCGAACGGCGAGUUUAACCUCCGCCACGACUGGAACUCGCUCCUCAGCCACGACCCCCGGCUGCUCUUCCGCCGCUACUCCCGCCAGUUCUUCCCCCAUGCCGAUGCGAUGGUGCGGUACCUAGAGGACUUCGCCGCCCUGCUGGAGCUGCGGGUUCAGUACAACACGGCCAUUGUCCACGUCACGCUGGACAAGGAUCCGCGGGCCUGGAACGGCCACUACUUUGUCCUGACGGACCAGAACAGGCAGAACUACAAAUGCAGCUCUUUGUUGGUUGCCACUGGCACGUGGGUCCCCAACGUGGUAAACUUCCCUGGCUCAGAGUACGUGGAGGGUUACGAGACGGUGUCCAUCAACCCGGAGGAUUUUGCUGGCCAAACCGUGCUGAUCUUGGGCCGAGGAAACUCGGCCUUUGAGACGGCAGAGAACAUUCUGGGCGUCACGAAUUUCAUCCACAUGGUGAGCCGGUCCCGCGUGCGCCUCUCCUGGGCCACGCACUACGUCGGGGAUCUGAGAGCAAUUAACAACGGCCUGCUGGAUACGUACCAGCUGAAAUCUCUGGAUGGGCUUCUGGAGGGGGACCUGGAAGAUCUGGCCAUCGUCAAGGACAAGAAAGGGAAGCUGCACAUCACGCUCCGGUUCUACCUGGAGAACAGGAACACGAGUGCAGGCAUCGACUCCGUCACCCUCCCCCAGGACGAGCUGGAUAAUUUUGCUACCCGCGCGCCUUACGACCGUGUCAUCCGCUGCCUGGGCUGGAAGUUUGACUUCUCUAUCUACAACGGAUCUCUUAGAAUGAUGCCGGGAAGAGGGAACAAAAACAAAUAUCCUCAGAUCAAACCCAGCUACGAGUCCAGAGGCACUCGGGGGCUUUUUGUUCUCGGUACCGCUAGCCACUCCAUUGACUUCAGGAAAUCCGCUGGGGGUUUCAUCCACGGCUUCCGGUACACAACUCGCGCAGUCCACCGCCUGUUGGAGAACCGUCACCACGGCGUCCCCUGGCCAUCCGCAGUCCGCCCUGUUACACAGCUGACCAAUUCCAUCAUCAAGCGGGUGAACGAGGCCUCGGGCCUCUACCAGAUGUUCGGUGUCCUGGCUGACAUCGUACUGCUGAGAGAGAAUGCCACAGCCUUUGAAUACCUGGAAGAGUACCCGGUCGGAAUCCUGGCUGAGCUGGAAACACAGGCAGGGAGGAGUGCUCCCGAGGGGCUGUUCGUCGUCGUCAUGGAGUACGGGAGGAAUUUCUCGGGGGCUGACAAGGAUGUCUUCUACUACAACCGAGCUGUGGGAGAGGCGCAGCAUGCCUGGCAGUCCAACUUCUUGCACCCUGUGGUUUACUACUACAAACGCCUCCCAACAGAGCGUGAGAUGAAAGUUCGUCCCCCAGAUUGGCCUCUCCCCCGCCCAGAUGCCAUCCAUCACAUCGUGGAGGAUUUUCUGACGGACUGGACGGCCCCAAACGCUCACAUCCUGCCGCUGAGGCGUUUCUUGGAGAACUGCCUCAGCACCGACCUGCGCAGUUUCUUCGCAGAAUCCUGUUUCCUCUUCGCCCUCACCCGCCAGAAGCUGCCUCCCUUCUGCCAGCAGGGCUACGCGAGGAUGCAAGGACUCGCGGGGAGCGAGAGGCUCCGGCGCCACGCGGUAGCAGCUGGCCUGCUGGAGGAUUUUGCUGCCGCGGACUUCUCAGGUGACAAACUCCCCGACGGGGACCAGCUGCUGAAGGACCACGUCGUACCCGUCCGCCCGCUGCAGCAUCUCGUUAACGCCAAGGACGAACUCUAACGUUUCUCACGCCGCGCGGGAACCCAGGGGUGCUGUUGUGACAGUACUGUAACAGAGAUCCCCGGCAGGACUCUCCCCUCUCCCCGCGCCUCUUCCAUCCCCAUCCCUUCUUCCAGCGUUCACGAGUUGCCAAAGACCUGCUCAGAUCUUGCUGUUGCAGAAAGGACCGACGUGCUCCCAAGGACAAGGCAGGGCCUGAAAUCCGGCGGUGCUGAGGCGCCUGCUUUGUCCUUGCAGUGCUCAGAGUUGCCUGAAGGUGGUGUUUAUAUCCUAGGCCAGCGUCUGCAGCGACAUCCAGGGGUC